GUAAAAUCCUUGUUAAACCCCUUUACUUCUUUCUUUGCCAAUUUGUCUAAGGUUUAAGGGUUUAAGUCCAAUACUCCCAAAUUUGUUGGUAAAACCCUAAAAAUGGCUGCUAAAUCAAUACUUUCAAGAACUUCAGCAACUAAAUUCGUUUUCGCCUAUUCUCAAAUCUUAAACCCUUUGAAUAAAACCCCUAAUUCUCCCAUCAAUUCAUUAUCAUACCAUUUUCUCAGAUAUUUUCACAGUACUUUUACUGAUAAAGAUUUCAAUGAAAAUCCCAGAAUUAAUUCGAGGCAAAUGACAUCAAUCCCUGAUUAUAAUCUUCAGGAUGCUGCUUUGGGCCUUGAUUCUCGCGUACCAGCUACUGUUAUCACUGGUUUUCUCGGCUCUGGCAAGACGACACUGCUAAAUCAUAUUCUGACGGCUCAACACAGGAAGCGCAUUGCCGUCAUAGAAAAUGAGUUUGGGGAGGUAGACAUUGAUAGUUCUUUGGUUGCCAGUCACUCGUCUUCUAAUGAAGACAUUGUAAUGGUCAAUAAUGGUUGUUUGUGCUGUACUGUGCGUGGAGAUUUAGUAAAGAUGCUGCUGGAGUUGGUUAAGAAGAGACGAGACAAAUUUGAUCACAUUGUCAUUGAGACAACUGGUAUAGCGAAACCUGGUCCGGUGAUUGAGACGUUUUGCAGUGAUGAGAUCCUCUCACGUUAUGUAAAACUUGAUGGAGUUGUAACAUUGGUUGAUUCUAAACAUGCCAUGAAGCAUUUGAAUGAAGUUAAACCAAGGUUUGUUGUGAAUGAGUCAGUGGAACAAGUUGCUUAUGCAGAUCGAAUCAUCAUAAAUAAGAUAGAUCUGGUUACUGAUAUGGACUUGGAAGUGUUGGUAAACAAAAUAAAGCAUAUUAAUGGUAUGGCACAAAUAAAGCAUGCAAAACAUGGAGUUGUGGACAUUGACUUCGUUUUAGGAGUAGGUGGAUAUGAUCUUGACAGAGUUGAAUCUUCUGUUCAAUCAAACGAUUUGCACUAUGAGUGUAGUCAUAAACAUGGACAUCAUAAGGGCCAUCAUCGUGAUCAUGGCCAUGAUUCUGCUGUGUCAAGUGUCAGCAUUGUUUCAGAAGGAACUAUUGAUCUUGAUGAGCUUGAUGAUUGGCUUGAAAGACUAAUUGAAGAGAAAGGAGAAGACUUGUAUAGAUACAAGGGAAUCCUAUCAGUCAACGGGUCUGAUGAGCGUUAUGUAUUGCAGGGUGUACAUACUAUUUUAAAUGGGUGUCCAGGCAAAACUUGGGCUCCAGAUGAGAAGAGGAUUAACAAAUUGGUCUUUAUAGGGCGCGAUUUGGAUGAAGCAAUACUAAGAAAGGGAUUCAAGGGAUGCCUAGUGUAGAUGUUCCUGCUUGUCUCGAAGGCUCUACAUCUCGUCAUCAUAUUUAUGACUCUGACGAUAAUAGAAGGUUUGCACACUGCUUUCCAUUGUAAUCUAAUGUUUACUAUAACCUCUAGAGCAUUGUGACAUUUGAAAGAAAAUUAGGAGUCCAUAUUUAAAUGGUCAGUUCGUAUCACAACUCACAGAUGAUUGUCGUUCAUGAAAUCAUAAGUGUUGUGCUAUAGCCUUUAGCACAAGCUAAUUGUGUAUGGAGUUUUUGUUUUUGUCUCCCACUCUUUUCAUGAUUGUACUUGAUGUUGAUUAUAAGAUGUGUCCAGAGAUACAUUACUAGUCAUCUCUAGGUUGGGUGUAAAAAGACCAAAUACAUGUCAUUUUUGUUCUAAUAUUAGAUUUGGUUGCUAUCAGAAAUUAUUUUGGUACUCAAAUUAUUCAUAAUGGAACUUUCACUUGCUUUAACCAAAAGAGAGUCAGUUCCACUAUGAAAUUUGGAUGUGCUAAAUCACCCUCUUAUAUUAUUGAAAUGAAUUUUGGGGAUUGCUUCUCAUUAAACGUACAUCUCUUAAUAAUGUGAAGUUUCAAAAUACCAAGUGUCAGUCAGAUACAAUUUUUUUGUUAUCAAUAACAUGUGAAAGGUUACAUACAUUUGACCUCCAAAUCCCGUCUAAUUGUGCGCAACUUAACAACAUCCGAGUAAUGGAAUGUUGUUGCAUCUUAUUACAUGUUUUUUGAUAUGCGUCUAUAGAAAAAUUGAUUGGAGCACAUAUGCUAGAGAUCUUUGUAAAUACGUAUAAACAACUUUCACAAAAAAGAGAUCUCAAGGACAUUCUAGAUACUCGUGGCUUACUUUGGGACAUAUAGGGAGUUUUUCCAAUUUAAAGAAACAUUUUUUGGAUAACAUGUACACAACUUUUUGUAUUUAUAUGCAUGAGAUUGAAGUGCUGUUAUCCGAUCCCUCAUCUUUGGGAAUCUUGAUAAGUGCAUAAACAGCCGCACCAACGACAGCACCUAUGGGUGGAGCCACCAUGUAUAUCCAUAUUCCAUUGUACCUUCCUGUUGCUAUUGCUGGGCCUAAUGUUCUUACUGGAUUCAUUGAUGCACCAGUUGCUGGUCUGAAACAAUUUACUCAACAGUAGGGUCAGUGGCGACUGCGACACUGACAAACAUGAGGACGAAAGUAGCCAGAAACUCCAACAGAAAAGCCUGUCCAAUGCCAACAGUAGGCAGCGUAACGCCGCCUGACAUGAAAGGAUUGUAAGCAACCUUGAGCAAGCAGGAAGCCAGGAUGGACCCGAGAACUUCAGCUAAUAUGUAAAUGGGUACUUGGCCCCAAGGAAAAUGCCCGAGGGCGGCAAACGCUAGCGUUACAGCUGGGUUUAGAUGGGCUUUGGAAAUGUGACCAAUUGAUAGGAUUAUUAUCAUAACUACUAGCCCAGAAGAUGCAGCAUUUCCUAUUAAUGUCUCGAUGCCAUUAUAUUUUUGGUUCACAAUUGGCCCUGCUGCUGCUGCAAAUACCAAAAUGAAUGUCCCUACAAAUUCUGCACCUGCCUGUGAAUUCACCCUUCAAAUUACUCUAUAUUAUAAAUAGUAAAAUAAUCAUAAAUAAUAUUUUUUUUGCUAAUUUUUCUAUAUAAUGUCAACAUUUGAUCAAUCAUGAAUAAUACGAACUUAUGACUUGUUUUCGUAGAAUAA